AUGACACCCGAACAAGAUCCAUAUGCAUUAAUAAAAUAUAUUAAUGUAAUUAAUGUGAACAAUGAUGGUUCUGGAGAUCCAACAAUACAUGCAUUUGUUGAAAUGGGUUUGUUAACCAUUCAUGAACGACUCAUUUGCACAAUAAAUAAUACAUCAUAUGAAUGUUAUAUACAUAAAAACGAAAAUGAUGAAUAUGUUUUAUGUUAUCAAAACAACAUUCAAGAUGGAAAUGUUAUGAAAUUUAUUAUCAAAUUAUCCAAAUUAAUUAAAAUAAAAAUACGAUAUAUGGGAGUUUCAUUUGGACGUAUACGUCGUGUUAGUGACAAUCGAACAUUAUUGAUGUUAUUGUAUGAUUUAAAAGAAACCUUUGAAAAACGCAUAACAACGAUGCUGAUAAGCAGUGAAUUUGGCAUAUGGGAAAUUCAUACAUCAUAUGAUUUCAACAACAAAAAAGUGAAGUUUAUUUGUAGAUCAAAUAUGAAAUACGAUGAUAUAUUACAAAUCAUCAAUAAUGCCAAUGAUAUGAAUCAUGAUGAUAUUGAUGAUGAUAUAUACAAAGAAAAACAGCAACUGGAUGAAGAUAUUAUCAAAUUCGAUAGUGGUAGCUCGAGCCAGUCACGAAACCCAGUAAAUGUUCUGGUUUCCUCAUUACAUUCAUUAUUGAAUAGACAUAAACCAAACAAAGUAACAAUAUUUAAAUAUGGUGCAGCUACGAAUUUAACGAUGGGUUUUAUUAAAGAAAUUGAUACGACAGCGAUCUUAGAUAAUACUCAUUAUUCUAAUUUAAUUGAAGUUGAAUGGACUGACGCCACCGAAUUUGCAUUAGGUGGUGAUUCUGGAUCGUUAUAUUUUGUUUAUAAUUUAACAACAAAUGCAUUUGUUCCUGUGGCUAUGCAUGUUGGAUCAAAACAGAAGAAAUCAUAUGGUAUUUUAAUAUCAUACAUAUUUUAA